UACAGGACAUCUCAAACCAGAUUUUGGAGAACAAAUCAUUAAAAGAGCGCAUCAUUUGUAUGGAACAGGACUUGGCAGUCGCUAAAAAGAAGAUUGCUGAGCUUGAGGAGGAAAAGAAGCCACCCAACCUUCCGGAAGUUACCAAAAGCACAGUCAUGCAGUCUGACAAGACUGUGAAAUUUUACACGGGGCUAGUGUCUACAGCCAUGUUUAAUGCCUUGCUGCAGUUUGUGCUGUCCAUCUGGAAUCCACUACACAGGACAUGCCUAGAUCCAGAGCAGCAACUGAUCCUAGUGCUCAUGCGACUGCGACUAGGUCUUCUGACACAAGACCUGGCAUGUCGAUUUGGCAUCUCAGCAUGCACUGUAAGUGUAAUUUUCCACACGUGGCUCGACGUUUUGGCAGAGAAUCUCAAGAAGUUCAUCAUCUGGCCAUCUCGACGGUCGAUUCAAACCCAUCGUCCUCGAGCAUUUCGAAACCCAUUAUUUGACCAUGUCAGGGGAAUAAUUGACUGCACGGAAGUAUUUAUCCAGAGACCAGCUGUAAUGAAGGCCAGAAGCCAAACUUUUUCCAGCUACAAACACCACAAUACCAUCAAGCUGCUUGUUGUGGUAUCCCCGUCAGGAGCAAUCACAGGGUUCCGCUGUGAAGACAUGUUUGCAGCUCGAGGCGCAACCCUUUUGAUGCCCCCACUAACAAAGAAGCGCACCCAACUACCUGGAGCUGAAGUCACUGCGUCAAGGAAACUCUCCAGCGUCCGCAUCCAUGUUGAGAGAGCAAUACGAAAGCUGAAAGUUUUUAGAUUAUUCCAGACUGAGCUGCCGCCGCCAGGAAAGCUUGCGAGAACAGCCGGCGUUGAAGGCUAUGCAGCCAUGGACAAAUUAGCGGCUGCGUGUGCUGAGCAUGUCAACCUGCCAACUCCUAUCAACAGUCACAAGGGCUUGGCUGUGCAUCACUAA